GAAGAAGAUAACAACAUAACCUCUAUUUUAAUGGUGUGGUUAUAGGUGUUUAUUUAUUUAUUUUCUUUGCAAUUAGAUACAUAAACUAUGGAUGAUUCGAGCUCGGUUAUAAUGGAGCCCCGACAGCCGAACCCUAACCUAAUGGAUUCUAAUACAACAAAUAAGAGAAACAACAGGAAAAGAAAGAAAUCUUUCCUAAAAAAUGCUCGAAAAUAUGCGAAAAAGGGACAUUAUGGGAGAGGAUCUCAAUUAGAAGAAGAUACAUAUCAUUAUUUUGUAAAAAUUUUGGAAACGUUCAAAGAGGGUUUUGAUUCUGAAGAGGAUAAAAUCAUUUUCGCAAACAAUGUCUUUGAUCAAACAGAUAAACAAGAAGUUAAUUGUUGUUGUAAUCAAGUAGGAUGUAGAGUUGUUGAGAUGCUGUUACCUUUUGCCCAUGAUGAUGUUGUGAAACGAUUUAUUUCAGUUUUUAGUGAAGAAAUAAGACCGUUGAGUAGUGACAGAUUUGCUAGCCAUGUUCUUGAGUCUCUUGUUAUUCAAAGUUGUAAAAGAGCUUUAAUGGAAAAGACAAAUGAAGACAUGAAGAUUUAUUACAAAAAUUUUGCAAUAAAAGUUAGUAAAUUUCUACUGAAUAACUUAGAGGAUUAUAUUUGGGAUAAUUAUGGCAAUCAUGUUAUGAGGACUUGUCUGACCAAUUUAAUACAGUUACCUAGUGGCAAAACAAUUAAAAACAACAUUGAACAAGAAAUUAAAAUAGAAAUUCCAGAUGACUUUGUAGAAAUUGUUAAAGAAUAUGGCCAAAGGCUUAUUAGUUGGCCUCAAUUUGAUCAACUUUGUAAAUCUGAUUUAACAUCUGGUUUUUUGCAAGAACUAAUGAAAUGUCUUAAAAAUGUUGAUUCCAAAUUAUUAAAAGCCUACAUAAAGAAAUUAAUUAAAGAUGUUUUUACAAAUAGCAAUUCUGAUAAUUCAAAUUUGCUGCCACCUGCUUUUGGAUCUCAAUCUGUUAUUGUUUUAAUUGAAAUAUCAUUGCAACUAUCAAGUUCAAAAAUGUUUACAAAAUUAUAUACAUCAUGUUUUACUGGAAACUUAGUUAAAUUAUCCACUACUCGGAUGACAAAUUAUGCAGUUCAAAGGUUAAUACAAUAUUGUACAGUAAAAGAAGAAUAUGAAUUAAUUUUUGAUGAAUUAGUUGAUCACUUCAAAGAGAUAUUUGAAAUAGGUCACUCAGGUAUUAUAUUAGCACUGGCAGAAGCAUGCAAAAGGCAUUGUACGAAGCAAGGAAGUUUUGUACAAAACUUGAUGAAAGCUUUUGAUUGCUUUGAACCAGAAGACAGGCAAAAUAGUUUUAUUCUAUGUUUAAGUAGAUUUAUAGUUUAUGAUGAACAUUUGAAACGAACCAAUGAGAACUUACAAAAAGAAAAACUAAAUUUGCAUGGAACAUUGAUUCUACAAAAAAUGUUGGACUACAAUAAACCCAUUAAAAUAGUAAAUGCUAUAUUAAACUUAGAGCAAACUGAUUUGUUGAAUUUAUUUUCCAAUGUGAUGGGGAGCCAUAUAGCCGAUUCAUAUGUAAAAGGAGCAUUUGUUGGUGAAAAAAGCAGAGAGCGACUAAUAAGGAAAAUGAUGGGAACUUACAAAGAUCUAGCUCAUGGAAAAUAUAGUUCCAGGUCUUUUGAAGCACUUUGGAAUUUUGCCAAUAUGAAAUGCAGAAUUCUUAUUAUGGAAGAAUUAUCACAUAAAGAUGGGAGCUGGAUUAAUUCUGAUUUUGGGAAAAUUAUUGCACAAAAAAUAAACUUUGUUACUUUUAAAAGGAACAAAGAAGAAUGGAAGAAUUCAAUGAAUAAAGGAAAUAAGAGUGAAGAAAUUUUAGCAGAAUUGUUAAAAUAGAUUU